CGCGUCAUCGAUCGGAUUCCUCUUCCGAGCCUCCCUCAUCAAAGUGCUGAGUACUGAUCAACUCAACUAGAACCCCAGCUUCACCGCCACUUUUAAGGUUUUUUUUUUUUUUUAAUCUUCAAAAAGGGUUUUAGGGUUUCAUUCCUUUUCACCCAAUAAUGGCACCUGAUGCCUAUGCUGCCCUUGCGACGAGGAAUAAAGUUCAACAAUUUCUCAAUGCAGCUUGCACAGGCAAUCUUGAUCUCUUCAAGAAGUUGGCAGCGCAGCUUGAUGAUGGGAAGGGAUUGGCUGGAACUGUGGCGGAUGUUAAGGAUGCGAACAAACGAGGGGCUCUUCACUUUGCGGCCAGAGAAGGCAGAACUGAGGUCUGCAAGUACUUGUUGGAAGAAUUGAAACUUGAUGUCGAUGCAAAAGAUGAAGAUGGUGAGACCCCUCUACUUCAUGCUGCUCGGCAAGGACAUACUGUCACUGCCAAAUACCUUCUUGACCAUGGUGCUGAUCCUGCUAUACCCAGUGAUUUAGGGGCAACAGCUCUGCAUCAUUCUGCUGGAAUUGGGGACAUUGAACUACUUAGGUUUUUACUUUCAAAAGGUGUUGAUAUUGAUUCGCAAAGUGAUGCUGGAACACCUUUGAUUUGGGCUGCUGGGCAUGGGCAACAUGAUGCUGUGAAAGUUCUCUUGGAACACCAUGCUAAUCCUAAUGCUGAAACUGAUGAUAACAUUACUCCACUGUUGUCAGCUGUAGCAGCUGGUUCACUGGCAUGCUUGGAGCUGUUGAUUCAGGCAGGUGCAAGAGUGAAUAUUAUUGCUGGUGGAGCAACCCCUUUGCACAUCGCUGCUGAUAUCGGGAGCCCAGAAAUUAUAAAUUGCUUAUUAAAAGCUGGAGCUGAUCCCAAUGUCACUGAUGAGGAUGGGCAGAAGGCGAUACAAGUUGCAGCUGCAAGAGGCAAUCGUGGAGUUGUUGAGAUUCUCUUUCCCCUCACAUCAUCCAUCCAGUCUGUUCCAGAAUGGACUAUUGAUGGAAUAAUUGAACAUAUGCAGUCUGAAAUGGGCAAACAACAGGAUGAAACAAGAAAUGUGAAGGAAGCUAAUGUGGAGACCACCUUAUCAAAGCAAGAUAUCCCUCAGGUAUCACCUGAGGCCAAGAAGAAAGCAGCAGAAGCAAAAUCAAGAGGAGAUGAUGCUUUUAAAGCAAAGGACUAUUAUAUGGCUGUAGAUGCUUAUACACAAGCAAUUGAUGUUGAUCCUACUGAUGCCACUUUGCUCUCUAAUAGAAGCCUCUGUUGGAUCCGUCUAGGACAAGCUGAACAUGCCUUAGAUGAUGCAAAGGCCUGUAGAGCCCUACGACCAGAUUGGUCAAAAGCUUGUUACCGGGAAGGAGCAGCUUUGCGUUUAUUGCUGAAGUUUGAUGAAGCAGCUAAUUCCUUUUAUGAGGGCGUGAAGCUUGACCCUGAAAAUAAGGAGCUUGUAAAUGCAUUCAGGGAAGCUGUUGAAGCUGGGCGGAAGUUUCAUGCUAGGGAUCAGGAAAAACCAUAGUGGUGCUUUGCAGAGCAGAGUUUUGCAGAUAUGAGUGGGGAAGGAUGGAAAUAGAUGAGAGGUUGACAGUUUUGAUCUCAUUUGAGUUUUCUGGCCUGGUUAUAUGUACUGUUAUUAGAUCGAUAGGGUGCCAGUAGAAUAUGUAUUGUGCAGGAAAUUAGGGGAAGAGGUGCAUUUGUUGUAAUUUUGUCAACCAAAAGGAAUGGCCAAACCAAUGUGUUUUUAGAACAUCUUUGGCUGAUGGAAAUGUUUUUAUUGUCUGGAAGGGUACAUGUACAGAAAGUUCUGAAAUCACUUCCCUCAUAAAAUGGUUCUUUGAAGUCAUUGCAGACAUAAUUUAUGUUGAGGCUGUGGUUGUGAAGGUGUUUACCAAGUAAUUAAACGUCCUCCUUUUACCCCCAAA